AUGAAGUCCUCUGAUGAAUUUUGUCGCAUUUGUGGAACGAUAUUACCUUUUGCAACCACAGCACCAACUACAGUUAUAUGCGCACUUUGCAAAGUCGAAUGGCCCAUUAAACGGAUCAGGGCCUCUACUGCUGAUACCAUCAUUGUUGUUACUUCGGGUUCACUUCCCACACCUCUAGUUCCUCUUUUAAUCUCUGACAUUUCUCUAGCUUCUCAUAUUGCUUCUUCCUGUCUCUUGCUAUUGCUAGAUCCAUCGCCAGUGCUCAUUUUUGGUUCUUAUCCGCCACCAUGA